CCAUCAUUACCCUGCGAUCAGUGAAGGAGGAAGAAUGGCUGCAAGGUUACUGCUCCGCUCGGCUUUCAGAGCCUCCUCAGCCUGCAGGGCCCCGGUGUCUUCCCCGGUGUCUGCCCUGGUGUCUGCCCCGAGCCGCGGCAUGGCUGCUGGAGGAGGGAUUCCCACCGACGAGGAACAAGCUACAGGCAUGGAGAGGAUCAUCAUGAAGGCCAUGAAGGAAGGAACGGAUCCGUACAGCAUGCUGAAGCCGAAGGAGUACACCGGCUCCAAGGCCGACCCUCACCUGGUCCCCUCCAUCACCAACAAGAGGCUGGUGGGAUGCGUCUGUGAAGAAGACAACACAGCCGUGGUUUGGUUCUGGAUUCAUGAGGGCGAGGCCCAUCGCUGCCCGUCCUGUGGCUCCCACUACAAACUGGUGGCCCACGAGCUCCCCCACUAACUCCUCCAUCACUCACUUAUUCCAGACGUCUGUCACAGCGCUGUGUGUCUGCUCUCUGUCAGCUUCUCCAUGUCAUAUUCCUCCAGAACCAGCCCAAGAACCAUCACACCACCCGACCUCUUUAUCUGUCACUCUCCGGGGAGAUGAUUAUUUAUCUGUGGCUGUCUACUUUCUGGUCUUAGGUUGAGAGUUGUCUGAUAGUUCUUUGGCUCGUUCUGUUUUUCAGUACUUGAUCUACCUGCUGACCUCAUCAGUCUUUGCUUUACACGACCUGUUGGUUUCAUUUUCAGAGGGAACAGAUGUGGUUUGGGACACAACAGUUUAAACAUUUCCAUUUAUCUGCAGUUUACAUUGAAGUAUGUACUGUACAAUGUUACAUUAGGUCCAUUUACUCCUCUUACUGAAAU